AGUACACCUCCAAAGCCAACCUUCACUUGACAUCAGCACCAUGUUGAGCACCCGGGCCUUCCUCCACCUCUUCCUCCUCCUCGCCACCGUAGCCUUCCUGUUCACGUCGGCUACCGAGGACGCUUCGGUGGAGACGCGCUCGCUGGAUUUCACGCUGAAAAAUCAACAGGAGAAAGAUCUGAUUGAUGCUUUACAAGAAGUCCUGGAGAAGCUGAGGAACAAAGAGAUGCCCUCUGAGAAAAAGCUGGGCUGGCUGCCCUCGUGUGACGCAGGGGAGCCAUGCGCCGUGCGUAAAGGCUCCCGAAUUGGCACGCUGUGCAGCUGUCCGCGAGGGACUUCCUGUAACUUUUAUGUCCUCAAGUGCUUGUGAAAGAUAACAAAUGCAUUGCAUUGGUCUGCAUACUGUCCUGUUUCAUGUGUUGUGACAAUUCCAAGCGUCAUAUGAAAAUGGCUCAAGAGUUGUUUUGCUCAGGGGCAACUUACUUGUUAUUUUGGUGAGAAUAUCAAAUAUAAAAUAAGUACAUGUUGUGCCUUAA